GCGCAACACAACGGCAGGCAGGCACGCACGCGGGGCGCCCUCCUCCCUCGGCCGUCGGCGAGGUCCGCUUCCGCCGCAAGAAACGGCAGUUGCCCUUGCCCUCGCUGUAAGUUUGCCCCCCUCUAGGCUCUAGCCGAGGCCCUCGUCCCUAUCCAACCUAUACUAGUAGGCCCCACCGCUCUCCCAUCCCAUCCUCCCCUCCCCACCGCCUCACCGGAGCCUUGCCUGCCCGCCGCCUGCUCUGCUCGCCUCGCCCUCCCGGUCUCAUCGCGGCACCCCCCUUGUCCCGACGCGGCCGUAAAAGCAGUGGGGGCGUGAGAGAGGGAGCCACCGCUGGUUUCCUUUCGGUGCAACCCUCGUGACCUCCUCCCGCUUCGACCUCGCCCCGGCCGCUCGCAAUGGGGAUCUAGAGAGACCCGACUCCCUUCGUAGGCACCUCUUCCAUCAUCCCUGCUUCUCUCAUCCGUUUUGCGACUGUCCUUCUUCUUUUACAUCGUCAAAUAUUUUGUUUGAUGGUGCUGUAUACUGUAUAGGCAAUCCGCCGGUGUAGAUGUUUCGAUUGAACUUGAUUCCUUACAAGGAUUUGUUGCUCUGAGAGUUCUGUUUGGAUUAGCUUUACUGGAUGCUUGUAUGAUUCUCGAUUUUGUUCUGAAUUCAGACUUAUAGACGGAGGAAUUUAUGUUGUCGCAUUCCUGUUUCGUGUUGAUCUGUGCUCUUUUGCUACUGUUUUUCUAGUUGCAAUGGCUUGUUCUGUGCACUGUGGAGUGUUAGCAAGUGAAUAUGGUUUGCCGAUCUCUGGGAAUAAGUUUACGAUCGUCGGGGACCGGGUAUUUUAUUAUCUCUUUUCACUAGAUUUUUUUUCUCGAACACGCCGGAGAACUGCAUGUAAGAAGGAAACUGUUCACUAGAUUGUGCUGGUCAAGUGGCAUUUCCUUGGGAAUUUCAUGUGAAUUGUCUGCUCAAAGAUGAGUGUUUAAAUGUUUCGAUGCUUGCGUGCUGAAUAAAUUCGGCUGGAACACGAUAUUUUUUUCUGAGCUUGGGCGUAAGUUUUAAAAGCUGCUGUAUUUGUUGCUCUGUAAGUUUAAUGUCCUCUGCUUUGUUGUUUCUGCAUGUUAUUUCUGCCAAUUCAAUUUCUCAGCUGCUCUACUUGAUGCUCUACUUGUUAAGUGGAUUGCACAUGCUGCAGUACUGUCAGUGUGAACUUAAAUCAGAUUGGUUGGAUGGUUGGUACUGUAAACUUUCUGGAAAUUGGAUUUCUUGGGCCGCAAGUUGCUGACUAGGGGACAUUAGAUAAAUUGAUUGAUAUAGCAACCCUUACAUAUUUUUUUAGCUUGUUAUUUUACCAGAGAGAUUUUGUCAAGAAUGUCUUACUAGAGUAGCUACAGUGUAGUGUUUCUUGGUUUCCAAGCAACAAGCUCCAUUGCCGGUCCUAUCGUUCGGUAUUAGCAGAGGUGUAAUUUCCUUUAAAUAUUUGCAUGCGACUUCUUUGUACAUAGAUGAGAUUUUUAGAAUAUACAUUCUAUCUUGGCAUCUUGCAGUGAAUGCACAAACGAACUGCCAGGUUUAUUUCUUUGUAAUGCUGAUUACUGUUGUUUCUGCAUGUUGUUUAUAUUAAUUCCAAUUUUGGUUACUUGUUCCACGUGAUGGGUUGACGUCACAGGCUGUGAGCAAUUCUGUCUUUUCUUUUUUCUGGUGGGGGUGGUGGGUGGGAUCGAUCAUGUGCUUAUGCCGAAAAUGGUUACUUGGUCCGUAAGUAGUUAUAUAUAUGGCAUGUUACGAUUAAAAUUUUUAAUUAUGUCUCGGUGUAGAAAAAGAAAUGAGUCAGGACUCAGGAAAAUAUGUGAUGAUACUUAUAGAAAUGGAUUUCUUGGUUCAUUAGCAAUUCUUCCUGAAACUAAUAUGCAAGUAAUCCCUUACAUUGACAUGCCAUGUAUUUAAAUUAUUUAGAAAGCUUUUAAUUGUGAUGUCUUAACUUAAUUUAUCAUAAUGGAUCGAGUCAAAUUCAUUUUAUCUACACCUGCUCAGUGAACACUUUAUGAUAUUUUGUUGUCCUCUUGCACUCUCAAAUGCCAAAACGUGAGACAUGCCUACCCGGGUUCGAACCUAGCUGUGCUUGCAGCUUGUGUGGGCAAUCCUCUCUGUUCAGACAGCCAGAGGGACAUCUACUCAUCGUGGGUUAUUCUCUACCGCUGAGAGUUAAAAUGGAGGGAGAUCUGUAAAUCUUGUAUCAUAAUAGGGUUUGUUUUUCUUUUACUUUCCCUGUUUGUUUGCUUUGGUGGAAAUAAAGCCUUCCAUGGCAUCUCCGAGAGAAUCGAACUCCCAGUGCUUGAAGCGCAAACUUGUCGAAGAUUGCCUGUCGAAGGAGUGUAAAUCUCGUCGCAUCAAAGCAGAGAAUGGCCCCUCAUUUGAUUUAUCUGCCAAGCGCUGCAACUGCUGCUGCAUACGACCUAACCUUGCCAAUGAUUGUGUCAAUUUCCUGAAGAGUGGAGUGCCAAAGCGUAUCAUGUAUUACAAACAAGGUUCUUGGCACAAUUUUCCUGAGCAAAUAAUGAAGUUCCUGAUUGAAGAAUUCAGUGGCAAUAAAUCAAGUGUUGUUUCCGUGAUGGAUGAUGAUCCUGUUCUAAUUGAUUUCUUGUCAAUGACCAUGGUAAAUCUAAAAUCCAGAAAGCAGAGAUCUGUUGCCUGGAUCGAUGAUACUAGCAAAUGUUUUUCUCCUUCUCUCUUCUUUGAUGAGGAAAUUGAUGAUAUGGUCAAAGGGGAUGCUGCUAAUGCUCAGGGCACUGUACAGGGAAUUAUGUUGGAUAAGGCUGUGAAUUCUCCACCUGAAGUGGUGAAGCAGGUUGUUGUUGAAUCUAGCCUUCCAGCUUCUCAAAAACCUUCCAAUGCGGACAUAUUACGCAAGAAGAUCAUAUCUGUCGAAAGAGGCAGCAAAGACUUUCUAUUUGUCCAGGACCUUUUCCUCUCUGGUAUGGCCCCAUUUGCAACACCAAAGAAUAUACUUCGUGUCUACCGCUACUCUCCGAAUGAUAUAACUGCACAGUGUAGACUUCAAGCUUUUGAAAGACAGAUAGUGUCCACCAAAGAAAAACGUGGUGACGCAAAUGUAAGAUAUGGAUGGCUAGGAUCGAGGAAGAAUGACAUAGUCAGGAUUCUGAUUAAUGGUUUGGGUAUCACUGGAAACCCUGCUGAAAAGUCAGAUUUGAGUGCUGGUGUUUAUCUUUCACCAGAAAACCGAACAUUUACCAGUGUCGGUCUUUGUGAUGUUGACGAAAAAGGAGUGCAGUAUAUAUUGCUGUGCCAAGUGAUAUUGGGCAACACGGAAGCUGUGGAGCCUGGAUCUCAGGAAUUGUUUCCAAGCAGCAAUAUAUAUGAUUCUGGUGUCGAUGAUUGUCUAAACCCAAAGUGUUACGUGAUGUGGCCAUCACAUCUAAGCACUCACAUGCGUUUAGAAUAUCUUGUUAGUUUCAAGCUUUCCCCGGACGUUCGAAGUUAUUUACUUCACUUGAAAGGAAUGUGGUUUCGCCCAUCUCAAAAGGAAGUUGCAGUGGAUAUUUCUACUCUUCGAGCUGCUUCAUGCGAAAUAGGUGAAGGACCAACUACCCCAUGGAUAUCAUUCAAAGUCCUGUUCGGAUUAGUUCAAGACAAUAUAUCAUCCAUAGCAAGGGAACUGCUCUUCCAUCAUUAUGAGGAGCUGAAGGAAAGUAAAAUAACUCGUGAAGAAAUGGUGAGGAAGAUGAUGAUAAUAGUUGGAAAGGAAAUACUUUUGGAAGCCUUGGAUAAACUUCAUUACUGUCCAUCACUAUGGUACAAGUCUUCUGUUAAAGCUGUGUCUAGUGAUCCUGCAACACCAACUGCAGCAGAGCAGUUAUCCUUGAAAGAGACAAGCAGGGAUACUCUUAUUGGUAACCAUGCUGAUUCACAUGCACCAAAUUCUAUGGCUGAACAUUCCGGUGCUCUUAGCGCCGAAGGAUGUGGUGCCCUUCCUACUGAUAUAGUGCCCAAAGGCCAUGACUGCCCAACACCAUGUGCUGUGCCAAAAAUAUCUAGUUCUGCUUCUGCCAAAUGCCCAGUUUCUCAAGGGCUGGAAUCCAAAGGCAAUCCUAGACAAGUAAUAUCACUGGGAAACUCUGCAACCCGAUUUGCGAGGUAUCAAGAUCCUAUUGUAACAAGAAUGCCACCUAUAAGUCGUGAUGGUCUUUUGGGGACGACUUCUAAAAUUUCUGCAUCUCUUGGCAUGGAAGUUUGCAGUUCUGUUACACCAACCACAGGCCCUCCUAGUUGUGCUUCUCCAGCACCAACUAAUACUUCGAAGAGCCCUGGGAUUUUGACUCCAGUUUUUUCUCCUAGUCCUAAGGGCUGUGAAUCUGUUGCGCCAACAUUGGCACUUAGAAACUCAAAAGGUGCAGGUUCCAAAUGCCUCGAUUCUGCACCAGCACCAAUGACAUCUGGAGGUCAGGAAUUUCUUUCAUUGAGUAUUGCAUCACAACGCACCGUCCCUCAUUCGGGGAAAGGUCCAGACAGUUCAACAUCGGCUGCCAGACCUCCACUCUACGUACCUGGGCGUCGACAUUCACCAUCUGUGAGCGCCGGCCCCUGUGAUUCUCUCACACUGAGUAUGACAGCAAAAGGCCAUGAUCCUUCGGCAUCGAGAGCAGAGACAAAGCGCCAUGAAUCUCUCACAGCUGCUAUUACGCCAGAAAGCCAUCGCCCUCAAGCCAUGGAUGAAGCCACCAAGAUUCAAAAUGCUCCCAAACCAAUAACUGGGGAGCCGAAAGACCAUGCUGCACAGAAUAAGCUACCUCGGGCAGGCCUUGAAGGCAGCAGCCAUGCCGUUUGUGCAGCUGAUACCCCCGUCGCCCUAUCAACUCCGCAGGAGAAGGGCAAGCGUUAGAUUAUGUGCGGCAAGUUCUGUACAUUUUUUUUUUUGGAAAAGAAGAAGUGUACAUUCCAUGUUGGGUUCUGAAGCAUAGUGUCGCUCCUCCAAUUGGCUGUUUUGGGGCACUGGUGUAAACAGGUGGGGAUCGAGGGGUUUAUCUCCCUGGGUGAGAAGUCACCCCGUCGGCCUGAAGUCUGAACAUAAAUGGUUAAAGUCCGUGGUAAUAAACUGUUAUCGAAUA